AUGCCCCAACCACCAUCGCAUUCCCCCGCCACGGGAGCUCCCUGCCCACCCCAUCUUCUCCAUACCGUCGGCGGCCACUUCGUUGACUCUAGCGGUCGAACCCUCCUCCUUCGGGGCGUCAACCUCUCCGGAGGCUGCAAGCACCCACCCUCACAACCAUCAUGGAAACGGGAUGGGUUCUUCGAGCUCGCCGAACAGGGAGGAGAGAGCUUUGUUGGCAAACCCCUGAACUUGGAGGAUGGAAGUGCUGAUGUCCAUCUGGCGAGGCUCAAGGGUUGGGGGUUCUCGGUCAUCAGGUAUGUCAUCACCUGGGAAGCACUGGAGCAUGAGGGACCGGGGAAGUAUGACUACGAGUUCAUGGAUUAUACCGUUAGAGUUCUGAGGAAGAUCAAGGAGUUUGGGUUCAAGGUCUACAUGGACCCGCAUCAGGAUAUCUGGUCCCGUUUCUCUGGUGGUUCCGGUGCCCCCAUAUGGACGCUACAUGCCUGCGGUCUCCAACCACGACAUUUCAGCGCGACACACGCUACGCUGCUGCACUGCGAACAUCCCUCCACAAAAGAACGCGAUCCUCAGAGCUUCCCCGCGAUGAUUUGGAGCACCAACUACCAGCGACUCUGCGCCCAACACCUCUUCGCGCUCUUCUUUGGCGGGCGGGACUUUGUCCCCAAGUGCGUUAUCGACGAUCUCAAUAUCCAAGAUUGGCUGCAGGGGCAUUUUCUCACGGCUGUGUCCAAGCUCGCCGAGAAGAUUCGCGAUGCGGGCGAUCUACUCGACAUUUGCGUCAUUGGUUGGGACCCCAUGAACGAGCCCUCAGAGGGCUUCAUAGGUCACCCGGACCUGCGCGAGGUACCCAAGGAACAGACUCUCCGUAAAGGUACAUGUCCGAGCGCGAUGCAGUCCCUCCGUCUUGGUAUGGGGGACAAGGUCGAGGUCGACUACUACGAGUUCGGGAGCAUGGGACCCCGCAAGAGUGGCACAGUCGUCAUUGAUCCUAGUGGACGGAACUGCUGGCUAUCUCCAGACGACGAGCCUGGUGGGCACAGUCGCUGGGGGUGGCACAGGGCUGAAGCGUGGAAGCUCGGCAUCUGCCCUUGGGCGCUGCACGGCGUCUGGGAUCCCAGCAGCGGGAUAUGUCUUCGGCCAGACUACUUCGCGCACCCACCUGACAGACCAGAGAAAGAAGUCGUUUUCGUCCGUGAUUACUGGCUCCCACACUAUCAAGAGUACACACGCCGCAUACGCGCCAUCCACCCGGAAUCGAUCAUGUUCCUCCAGCCGCCAGUGUUUGUCCGCCCUCCCCGAAUUCCGCAGGAAGUCCUCAAAGGCCGCGCGUGCUAUUCCCCACACUAUUACGACGGGCUUACGCUCAUGACGCGCCAUUGGAACUGGUUCAAUGCUGAUGCCCUUGGCCUUUUGCGGGGGAAGUACGCUAGCUACCUCCAGGCAGUCAAGAUUGGGGAGGGGAUGAUUCGCCGGUCCCUAAGAGAGCAGCUCGCUGUCUUCAGGGAGGACGUCAAGCUCACCAUGGGAGAGGAGUACCCCGUUCUCAUCGGGGAGAUCGGCACUCCAUUCGAUAUGGACAAUCGCCGUGCCUACGGAUACACCGACAAUGGACGAUAUAAGGGGGACUACUCGUCUCAGCAGCGCGCCCUCGACGCGAGCCUCAACGCCGCCGACGGGGGAAACAUGCUCGACUACACUAUCUGGACCUACGUCACAGACCAUAGUCACGAGUGGGGCGACGGAUGGAAUAUGGAGGACUUGAGUUUGUACAGCGCUGAUGACCUGCGUGAAGGGGCGUGGGGUAACGACCACGCCUCUGGGAUCUCAAGCGCCAGCAGCUCCGUCACUAACCUCACGGCUGUGCAGCCUGGUCCGACUACCCCACUGCUUGCUAGACAGCUACCGCUGGACCCGAACAUGUCCACCCUCAGCCUGGCGCUCCAUAACUCGCCUUACCUCGGCUCUGUCCCCGCGGCUGACUACGCGACCGGAAACCUCUAUCGCUUCCUCACCAAUGGAGCGAGGGCGCCAAGAGCAUUCGCACGGCCCUACCCGGUUGCAACAAUCGGCACACCAAAGGACAUCGAAUUCGAUGUUGCGCGCGCGGAUUUCAGGUUGACGGUAGUGGUUCGACCAGAAGAUGCACCGCCGAAGCGGAUGCCAGACGCCGACAGGGAGGACGAUGAUGACGAGGAAGUGGCAACGGAGGUAUACAUCCCCCUGGUGCAUUAUGCGAGCGACACACUCCUCCGACGCGGAGAGAAAAGGUCAAGGAACGGGAAUGGUAUCCCGCGAAUGUCGAGAUCCAGGAGCGGCUUGUGGGCGUUCCAGCGGAGUCAGUCGCAACUCAGCCUGUCCGGCGCAGGAGGAAAGGAGAAGAUGGCCCGUUCGGCGCUCUCGCUCCAGAUACCUGUAACUGGAUACGUAAACGGGAGCGGUUUUGUCAGCUCCAAUGGAAGCGGGCAGCAUCCUCUCGCGCAAACCGUGCCUGUCACCCCCCUCAAUGACUCUCCCGUUUCACCAUCACUCGAGGCAUCGCCGAUUCUUCCUUCCAGCCUCAAUGUCUCCUCUGCUACUCUUGUCUCCGCGCUCGUGGACGUCGACGUUGACGUCAGCGAAGGCAAAUACGAUAUCGAAGGUCAGACGCUCAAGUGGUACUACCCUGUACCAGCUCCUGGCACAGACCCCGUCACAUAUACCCUUCGCGUGCGCAGGCGGUUGGGGCCGAUUAAGCUGACUGUGCAAGAAGAGGAGACCCUCUGGCAGCAAUGUUGGAAUCCCGAGCAAGGGCCAUGUGCGGUCUCAUGA